GGAUCCAUCUGCAGUUUCUGAACUUCUCCACAGAGCCUGUUCAUGACUAUUUGGAGGUGCGCAGUGGGACCCUUGAGACGGGAACAUUGAUAGAUCGUUUCAGCGGCCCAGUGGUGCCUAAUUCUCUCUUUAGCACCACACAUGAGACCACACUCUUCUUCCACAGUGACUAUUCCCAGAACAAGCCUGGUUUCCACAUUGUCUACCAGGCAUAUGAGCUGCAGAGAUGUCCAGAUCCCCGGCCUUUUCGUAAUGGCUUGGUGAUUGGUCAAGACUACAGUGUGGGGAUGACCAUUUCUUUUGAGUGUCUCCAGGGAUACACUCUUAUUGGAGAGGCCUCCCUCACAUGUUUGCAUGGAGUAAGCAGAAACUGGAAUCAUCCCAUCCCUAAAUGUGAUGCUCUCUGUGGUGGAAACAUAACAUCCAUGAAUGGUACAAUUUACUCCCCUGGACACCCCGCUGAGUACCCACACUUCCAGGACUGCAUGUGGAGUGUCAGAGUACCUCCAGGCUACGGCAUCUACAUAAAUUUCUCUGUCAUCAAUACUGAACCCAUCUACGACUACAUCACUGUUUGGGAUGGACCCGACCAAAACUCACCUCAAAUUGGCCAGUUCAGUGGUACCUCUGUGCAGGAAGGUGUGUCCACCACAGCCAAUCAGGUCCUCAUCAAGUUUCACAGCGACUUCAGCACCAGUGGCUUCUUCGAGCUUCAUUAUUAUGCUUACCAACUGAGAACUUGUCAGCCACCCCCUCCUGUUGCCAAUGCCACUAUUCUAACCGAUGAUGACGAGUUUGAAAUAGGAGACAUUAUUCGGUACUCGUGCCAGCCAGGCUUCACCUUGGUGGGAAGUGAGAUCCUGACUUGCCGUCUUGGAGAGAGGCUACAGAUGGAUGGGCUGCCACCAGUGUGCCAAGUGCAAUGUCCAGCAUACGAGGUGCGCUUUGACUCAACGGGGGUGAUCUUAAGUCCCGGCUAUCCUGAAAACUACUCCAAUCUUCAGACGUGCUCCUGGCUAAUCAACGUAGAGAAGGGCUACAACAUCACUCUGCACUUUGAACUUUUUGAGACUGAAAAAGAAUUUGACAUCCUGGAAAUAUUCGAUGGUCCUAACAUCUACAGUCAGAGCCUUUCAACACUCAGCGGUGACCUAGAAACUCCCUUCAAUCUAACAACCACAGGCCAUCAGCUGCUGCUGCGCUGGUCCACUGACCACGCCACCAACCGCCGCGGCUUCCACAUCAGAUAUGUGGCAAAGUACUGCAGUACCCCAGACUCCCCACACCAUGGCUCUGUAGUAAGACAGACUGGGGGUCACCUUAACAGCAUGGUGACCUGGGCUUGUGACAGGGGGUACAAGCUUAUUGGGAAAAGCAAAGCUGAGUGCAAGGAGACCUCCUACGGCUACUAUGCCUGGGAUGCACCGGUCCCUGCAUGUCAAGCUGUGUCAUGCGGUGUGCCUAGUGCUCCAGCGAACGGAGGUGUGCUUGCUGCUGAUUACUCCGUCGGCACACGGGUGACCUACUUCUGCAACAGCGGCUAUCGGCUCUCCUCCAAAGAACUGACGACCACAGUCUGCCAGCCAGACGGCACCUGGAGCAAUCACAACAAGAUACCCCGAUGCAUCGUAAUGUCCUGCCCCAGCCUUAGUUCCUUCUCUCUGGAUCAUGGGAGAUGGAGAAUAGUCAAUGGUUCGCAUUAUGAGUAUGGAACUAAAAUAAUCUUUACCUGCAACCCUGGGUAUUAUCGUGUUGGCCCCGCCCACAUCCAGUGCCUGGCCAAUGGAGCAUGGAGUUGGAGAAAUGAGAGACCUCGAUGUAGAAUAAUUUCCUGUGGCGAUCUUCCUACUCCUCCUAAUGGGAAGAAAAUCGGGACGCAGACUACCUUUGGAGCAUCAGCUAUUUUCAGUUGUAACCUUGGUUAUAUGUUAACCGGAUCUACAGUAAGAGAGUGUCUUCUGUCUGGCCUUUGGAGUGGGAUGGACACACAGUGUCUGGCUGGUCACUGUGGCAUCCCUGAGCAAAUUGUGAAUGGCCAGGUUAUUGGAGAAAGUUUUGGCUAUAGAGACACAGUGGUCUACCAAUGCAACCCCGGGUUCAGGCUCAUAGGAUCUUCUGUGCGAAUCUGCCAGCAGGACCACAACUGGUCUGGACAUCUCCCAGUUUGUAUAUCCGUCACUUGUGGCCACCCUGGCAGCCCUAUUUAUGGCCGUACCACAGGCGAUGGCUUCAACUACAAUGAUGUUGUGCGCUUCUCCUGCAACAAAGGCUACACCCUGGAGGGACCCUCUACAGCUCAAUGCCAGGCGAACCGCCAGUGGAGCCAUCAGCCUCCGACAUGCAGAGUGGUUAACUGCACAGAUCCCGGGAUCCCUGCCAACUCUAUCCGAGAGAGUAAGAUCGAACAUGGGAACUUCACAUUUGGCAGUGUUGUGUUCUAUGAUUGCAACCCUGGAUAUUAUCUGUUCGGCUCAUCCGUGCUCACCUGCCAGCCAAUGGGUCAAUGGGACAAACCGCUUCCAGAAUGUAUUGAGGUGGAUUGCGGCCACCCAGGCACCCCACCCCAUGCAGUGAUGAUCGGGGAGAAGUUCACAUUUGGUUCCGCAGUACACUACUCCUGCCGAGAAGACCGUCAACUCAUUGGAGACUCAUCACUUACCUGCCAAGUGAACGGACACUGGAGUGGUCCACUGCCCCACUGCUCAGGUGAUUCUUCUGGCAGCUGUGGGGACCCUGGCACACCUGCCCAUGCCAGCAGGGAGGCGGGGAACUUCAAAGUGCGCAGCAAGGUGCGCUUCACCUGUGCAGUGGGACACACGCUGUACGGCUCAGCAGAGAGGAUCUGCUUCCCCAAUGGGACCUGGUCUGGCAAACAGCCUUUCUGCAAGCCUGUACAGUGUGCAAAUCCAGGUACCCCAGCUCACGGCCUCAUUUCCCGUGUGGAUGGCACGACUUUCUCCCACUCCAUUGUGUAUUCCUGUAUGGAAGGCUUUUUCCUAACAGGAUCACCUACGCGUCAGUGCUUGGCAAAUGGUACUUGGUCUGGCACGGCUCCUAACUGUACAAUGAUCACCUGCAGUGACCCUGGCAUCCCAGCUAAUGGACUAAGGUUUGGUGAUGACAUCACGGUGGGUCAGAAUGUCACAUUCAUGUGCCAGCCAGGAUUUGUGAUGAUAGGGGGUGAGAAUGCCAUCUCUAGGACCUGCACCAACAACGGCACCUGGAGUGGAACAAUGCCAGCGUGCAAAGUGGUGACUUGUCCCACACCACCGUCCAUCCCCAACGGGCUGCUGGAGGGCUCAGUCCUGGAGUGGGGCUCCAGUGUGAGCUACGGCUGCCUGCCUGGCUAUGAAUUAUCUUUCCCCGCUGUGCUUACCUGCACAGGAAAUGGCACAUGGAGCGGAGACCUGCCUCAGUGCCUGCCCAAGUUCUGCGGAGAUCCUGGUGUGCCUUCCAAAGGACGGCGAGAAGGACGCAGUUUCAUUUUCAAGUCAGAGGUGGAAUUCAGUUGCAGCGCCCCCUAUGUGCUUGUCGGAUCAACAACACGCAUUUGCCAAGAGGAUGGGACUUGGAGUGAAUCUCAACCUCGAUGUAUAGAGCCCUCCAGAAGCACAUGCGAAAAUCCAGGAACGCCUGAGCAUGGCUUCAUGAAUUACUCUACAGGUUUCAAGGUGGGUAGCAGAGUAGACUUCCAGUGCCAACAGGGACACAUACUACAGGGCUCCACAACAAGGCUGUGUUUACCAGAUCUUACCUGGACGGGGAUCCAACCUACAUGUGUCCCUCACUCCUGCAAGCAGCCAAGAAGCCCAGCCAACGCAGACGUUAUGGGUCUAGACCUGCCCUCCUAUGGUUAUACCCUGGUGUACACCUGUCAGCCAGGUUAUUUCCUCUCCGGGGGUUCAGAGCACCGAGUCUGCCGCUCUGACGGCAGCUGGACGGGCAAGGUGCCUGUGUGCAGAGUUGGAUCUAAAUCCCAAGAGAAAAUUGUCAAAACUGUACCAGGGACACCCAGCCCUAAGAUGAAAGUUCCAGAUGAUGUGUUUGCCCCUGAUUUUGUCUGGAAGGGUUCCUAUGAUUACAAGGGGCAGAAACAGCCAAUGAGUCUGACAGUCACCAGCUUCAACGCUACAACUGGGAAAGUCAAUGUUACUUUAACAGACAGUAGCACAGAGUUUCUGCUCUCUGGUGUCUACAAGCGGCAGGAGGCACGGUUAACACUCUUGCUGUAUCAGAUGAGAACAUUGACCUACAGCUCUUUGGGCAAGAUUACGGAUGAGUCAUGGGCAAUGGAUGGAUUUGUUUCGGCUGAGCCUGAGGGUGGCAGCUACGUGUUUCAGGGCUCCAUACAGGGUAAAGACUUUGGACAGUUUGGACUUCAGCGACUUGGUUUAACACUGAGAGAGAACAUUACGCUGACGGACCCUGAAACCAGCGGCUCUACCAACAGCAGUUCUGUUGCUGUCGCUAUCCUUGUGCCUUUCUUUGCUCUCAUCUUCGCAGGACUUGGCUUUUAUCUUUACAAGCAGAGAAAAACAGAUAAAGCUCAGUACACAGGAUGUUCCGUCCAUGAGAACAACAACGGCCAAGCUACAUUUGAGAACCCCAUGUACAACACAAACACAAAAGCUGCUGAGGGGAAAGUUGUCCGCUUCGACCCCAAUCUCAACACCAUCUGCACCAUGGUUUGAUGUCUGCUAAUUAUUGGAAAUGCAAAGAGAUUGGUAAAGGAUUAAACUUUUUUUUUGAUUGAACUCUAUAUACAAAGAAAAGCCUUUUCUCAGUUCUGGGUGACACGCAGCAAAAACAAGAUUUUGCUCAAAUGCAUAAAGCACAGUUUCAGCUACAAUUAAAAUAGCUGAUAGCAUUGAUAAAAAAGAGGAAGAGUAGGUUUCCUACCCUUUCAGAUCUUGUCUAUUUGCACUCUGUGAGUGUUGACACCUUGAAUAAAAGAGCUUCUGGCAUAAAGAUAAAAAUUAUAUUUUCCACUCGGUUGUAUAAAUACAGAGCCGUUAUUUCACAAUACCAAAUACGCACUUGUUUUUUUCCAAGAAACGACCCACACCUACCCAUAUGUUUGUUUGUUUUUCCUUCCCAUAGUCCUAACAAAUAAUAUUUUUCAACAUUUGGAUUAGGAGACUCUUAACUGUGAGUUGAUCAAUGUAAUCUGUUUUCUGUUUCAUAAGUGACUGGCGUAUAAGAGGAGCUACAGCUGCAGAAAAGCAACUGUCAUUGAAUUAUGUCAGGGCUGUUGUCUGCUCAAAGUUCUGGGUCAAUUAUACAUCUUAAUUAGAUGAUAACUCUUACUGAUGAGAUGUAUGGCCAGGGAUUUAACUACAGGAGUGCAGCAUGAUUUUUUUGAGUGCCACUGGGAGCUAGGGCUUUUAUUGUUACAGUGCAGCUGCUUAGAAAAUAAAAGAAAACAUUUCCCUUACCAGUAACAUAGUCUGCAUUAGGUUUACUACCAAGCUGGGUGUAAUUAUUUGUCAGAAACAUCUAACCACAGCCAUUUUAAAUUGCUGACCUCCUAAUAGACCGGUGGUGACAAGUUAUUCUGUAUGUUAGUCAACUUAUGCCAUAUCAUUUAUUUUUGUUUUGUUUUGUUUUUGCUGAGAAACUUUCUGUGUUCCAAGCAAACCAAAUUUGGAGUGGAUAACCCUAACCUAGAGUCUGUAUAUCUCAUGAAUCUCAAAGUAGGAGUUACUUGCUUCACCAUUACAAGUAUUUUUGUUGUUGUUUUUUGUUUGUUUGUAUUAACUAUAAGGUUGUGGAUCUUUAGAGUGCAGCUACCCUACAGCUGGCCAGGUUUCCCAGAGGUUUCCUUAAUUAUGGAAGUCUUUCCAUUAUCGUAAAGGUGCUUCAGUGGGGUAUUUAAGGUGAGAAGAAGCUUGUUGUGUUGUUUUAUUCUCAUGACAAAUGUUUGCCUUAUUUAAGAGUAACUCAAAGACAGAUUAAGUGCAACCGCUAUCUCAUCUCUGGUUUUCCCAAACUAACAUUAUUUAUUUUGGGAAACUGUGCCUUAGACAGCAAAUUCUUAAUUCAUACUCCUACUCUAAGACACUUCAUGAAUAUACAGCCUUGGCCUAUUUCUUUGCUGACACAAGUCAUCAUUUUAGUGGCUUACACAGCCAUCAGCUUCUGCCAACAAAUGUACAGUAAACACGAAUGAAUUUGCACAUUUAAACAUGAGCCACCAUCAUUCAAAACCAACAAUCUUUUAAAAAGGAGAUAAAUUUAAGACCGCCAUCCCAUUUCUACAUCAUUGCAGUGCCUUGAAUACUGUAUAGGCAUAAGUUUUGAAGGAUUACCCAACUCUUAGUUUAGUAAAGCUUCACACCCAUGUCAUUAGUCUGCACAGUUUGGAAAUAUUCAGUAAAGUGAAGUCAGAUGGUUAAAGUAAAAAAGCAGCUCAUAGAUUUAUAAGUGGGCAUGUUGGCAAGAAGUGAACCUGUAUAGCAACUGCUGCUACAGUCCUUUAUACCACUACGUUGACUCCUUUCAUUGCUAUUCCAUUUUGUACAUUUAUACAGUUUUGAUACUUGAUGGCACUCUUCGGCGAUGUCUUGUGUUGUCAAUAUGUAAUAUAUUUUGGGAGUUCACUUUUCCUAUGUAUGAGAGAAGGAAUGCAUCUGGUACUCACAAUAUACAGAGAGUCUUGCAUCCAGGGAAUCUAAGCGUAGAAUGCUUUUAAAUGUGCCACACAAUUGUUAUGUCAUUCAAGAACCUGUGUUUGUGAAUAUGUACAUAUUACAUAACUUUUGUAAAGAGAUCUAUUUUUUAUGCAGAUGAAGAAGCAUUUGUAAGUUAUUGAAUAUGUUGUUUAAAAUUUCACAUGUAAAUGUCAUGUAAAAUGAAAAAGAUUUUGUAU